AUGGGUCGUGGAAAAUUGAAGAUGGAACUCAUAGAGAAUGAAAAAUCAAGGAGAUUAACUUUUCAGAAAAGAAAAAAGGGAUUGACAAAGAAGUGUUCUGAAUUAUCUACUCUGUGUGGUAUAGAUGUUUGCACCAUAAUCUAUGGUCCUAAUAAUCAUACCAAGGACCCAUCAGUGGAGCUUGAAACAUGGCCUAAAGAUCACAUUGAAGUCAUACGUAUCAUCCAAAGAUAUCAAGCGGCCACCAUUUACAAGCCUCCAAAGAAAACCUCUAAUUUGUCUGACUUUUACAUUGAAAGGAAGAAGAACAUUGAUUCUAAAAUCGACAAACUUCGUAAAGCCAAGUACCCAAUUUCAGAUGAGCUCAUCACCCAUUACUGUGCUUCAUCUGGGGAUCAUCAACUUGGUCUCCUUCUUGGUAGAUUGGAUUCGAAGAUUGAAGCUGUGAAGCGCAUGAUUGAAUUUAGGAAGCAGAACCAAGUGAUUAAUUAUAACCCACACGAUCACGUUGACCACCUGUUUGAUCAAAAGUUUGUUUCUUUUAAUAAUAAUAAUAUCCCACAGCUAGAUCAGAUGGUUCGAAGUGUUCCAAUGCCUCAGUAUGUCUAUCCAAAUCCUAUGAUUGAUCAUAAUCAGAUGAGAAUGAUGAUGAUGAUGAAUGAUCAAGCAGCAGCUAGUGGGUAUGAUCAUCAUCAAAAUGUUGCUGCUGGUACUUCAUCAAGCUCUGACAGUGUAGUUGAUUAUAAUCAGUACAGCUUGUAUAGUAAUAAUCCUUUGUCAAGUGGUGGUGGGACAGGUUUUUUUGAUCCAACGGUUGGAAUGGUAGAGAAUUAUAUGCUGUUGAACAAUAUUGGUAACAAUAGUAUUCCUAGUUCUUCAACGAGCCAGUAUUGCCAGCAGCAGCAACCAUUGCAGAUGAUGCCAAUCAUGCAGUACUAUCCCUCUUCCAUCGAGUUGCCAGGAAUCCCUUCUCAAAUGAAUGUUUCUGAUCACAAAGGGAAAUCCCACUUUGAUGAAAUCACUGACUUCUAUCUCAAGAAUGAGAAACUUUGA